AAACAUUAAUUAUCAACUAUUUUUUUAUAUUAUCUAAUCUUGUAUAUUUUAUAUUCAAUGAUUUCAGCAGAUUAACAAAAUUAUGAAGAAUUCAUAAGAGUUAUUGUCAGAAAAAUACCUUAAAUCUAAACACAUAAUAGUAAUAAUAAUAAUAAUAAUAAUAAUAAUAAUGAGGAUUAAGUGUGUAUCAAUUAAAGCGAGAAUUCUAUUUCUAUAAAUUAUCAAUUCAACUAAACAUUACAAAAACCUACUUUUCAUUUUGAUACUAUAUUUGAUGAGAAAUCAACAUAAUAGCAAAUUUAUAAUAAUGCAGUCUCUCAUUUAGUAGAUAGUUUGUUUUAAGGAGUGAGUUCUACUAUAUGGGCAGCUGGGUAAACAGGUUCUGGUAAAAGUUAUACCCUUUUUGGAAUAAAAUAAGAUGAGGGAAAAAAAGGAAUUGUUUAUAGAGCUAUUGAUUAGAUAUUUAGUAAAAUUAAGAAUUUCAAUGAAUCAAAUGAAGAAUAGAAAUAAUAAAAUGAAGAAUACAAUGCAUAUAUAAGUAUUUACACUCUUUAUUAAGAAAGGUUAGAAGAUUUGCUUGCAGAUAAAAGCGAAAAUUUAAGAAUUAAAUAAAUUGAAGACCAAAUUUAUAUUGAAAAAUUAACCAAAAUGCAAAUUACCAGUGUUUAAGAGUGUUUGGAUGUAUUAUAGAAUGGAAUAAAUAAAAACCUUACAAAUAUAACAUUAUGUUCUUUACUGUAAUCUAGAUAAUUUUUUUUUAUUGAGAUUUCUGUUUAGUAAAUUAAUAAAUCAUCAGGUAUUGAAUAAAUGAGCUCACUUAAAAUCAUUGAAUUUGAAGGAUAUAAAAAUUCGAUUAGUUUAUAGAAAUAAAAUGAAGUCUUGUUUCAUGAAAAACCUUAUUUCUCUAAAACAUUGGCAGCCUUUAAUAAUGUUAUUGUUGCUCUUACAAAUGAAAAUUCUUUCCAUAUACCUUAUAGAGACUCAAAACUAACUAGAAUCAUGCAAGAUUCUCUUGGAGGAAAUUCAAGAGGCUUAAUGAUUUGUAAUCUAAAUACUAAAUUCGGAUAUGAAGAUAUAUUGUACAAUUUAAGAAUUGCUUCUAGAGUUCAAUAAGUAAGAAAUCGUAUUCUACUUAACAAGAAUUCUUACAACAAGUGA